AUGUUUGUCCUGGUAUCUCGACACGGCGUCUUGGUCUCGGCUACGAACGGGCCAACCAGAAAGGGGAAGGAGCGAACGGGAUGUGGAGACGAGAGAAGGGGAAUGGAAGUGGGAAGGAAGAAAGUCAAGGGGCAAGUGAGGAAGGAGCGGAGGAAAAGCACUGGACUGCAUUUGCUCCACAGUGCAGGAAGGUGCGAGAGCGGAACAACACUUGUAAUACCCAACGACGACGACAUCGUCGACGAACACAAAAGUAAACAAGACGAAAAGGAGAACAGACAGGCGAAUAAAUAG